UUCGCUUUCUAUCUCCCUGAAGGCAUCAAGAGAGACACAGCUCAAUUCAGUGUCCAACAAAAAAUAAACACCAUUUUGGCAGAAGUACGGAAAGAAAGACCAGGGUUCAGCUCUUUGUCUCUGUAAUUUCUUACGAAGAAUUAAUUUUGCAGUCUCAUCACUGAAAGAGUCACUGACAAUGUAAACUAACCAGAGGAGAAUGGAUGAGGGUUUUAGAAAACCUGCAAACACCAGAGAGAGCUCAAAACUGUUCCAAAGUUUAUUUCCAGGGUAUAUCAAAUCAAGUUUCAGUGAAGAUGAAGAUUCUCUCAUUCUGCCACGGCUCCAGAGCCAGCUCCCCUCUCCCUGGUUUUAUUGUUUUCUUCAUUAUAUAUGUUCGCAAGAUGGAAUCAGCAAAGUUCACAGUGAUUGGACCCCGUGACCCUGUCACUGCCAUCCUGGGUCAGGAAACUGUGUUACCCUGUCACCUGUCCCCCGGGAUGAGUGCUGCAAACAUGGAGGUGAGAUGGUUCCGACCUGAGUUUUUAUCCUUUGUGCACUUGUACCGUGAUGGGAAGGAUCAGUUUGAUCGGCAGAUGCCAGAAUAUCAGGGAAGGACGGAGCUUUUGAAAGCCGGACUCACAGAUGGGAAUGUUCCCUUGAGGAUUUUCAAUAUCAGACACUCUGAUGAAGGACAAUACCACUGCUUUGUUCAAGACGAUACUUUUCAUGAAGAAACCAUAUUGGAACUGCAGGUUGCAGGUCUGGGCUCUGCUCCUCUCAUCUCUGUUGAGGGUCACCAGGAUGGAGGGAUCCGGGUGGUUUGUCGAUCAGCUGGUUGGUACCCAGAGCCUGAGGUGCUGUGGAAAGAUCUCAAUGGACGACAUUUACCAUCACUCUCUGAAAUAAAAUCCCCAGGGGAUAACAACCUGUUUGAAACAGAAACUGUGAUCAUUGUAACAGAGCAUGCAAACCGAAACUUGUCCUGUUGCAUCAGGAACACUGUUCUCGAUCAAGAAAAGGAAUCAGCAGUUUAUAUAGCAGAUCCAUUUUUCCCGAGGGUGAAUUCCUGGAUGGUGUCUCUCAGUGUGAUCCUGGUGGUUUUGUUUGGUUUCAUUGGCCUCACUGUUUAUCUCUUUAAAAUGAAAGGGAAACUUACUGAAGAAGUUGGCAAACAAGAUCUAGAAAUUGGCAAACGAGAUAUAGAAAUUGACAAACGAGAUAAAGAAAUAAACCUACGAGAUAAAGAAAUAAACAAACAAGAUAUAGAAAUUGAAAAACGAGAUAAAGAAAUAAGCAAACUACAUACAGAAAUUGACAAACGCGAUAACGAAAUAAGGUGGAGAAGAUCUGUGGCACCUAUAGAAAAUGUGAAUGUGACUCUGGAUCCAGACACGACUCAUCCAGAGCUUGUCCUGUCUGAGGAUCAGAAAAGUGUGAGACGGGGAGACAGACGCCAGGAUCUGCCUGACAACCCUGAGAGAUUUGAUACCUGGGGCUGUGUGCUGGGCUCUGAGGGAUUCACCUCGGGGAGACAUUGCUGGGAGGUGGAGGUGGGGGAUGGGCGAUUCUGGGCUGUGGGGGUGGCCAGAGAGUCUGUGGGGAGGAAGGGAUGGAUCAACCGUAGCCCUGAGGGGGGGAUCUGGGCUGUGGGGCAGUGGGGGGAUCAGUUCCAGGCUCUCACCUCCCCUGAGACCCUCUUGCCCCUGAGCCGGGCCCCCAGCAAGAUCCGGGUUUGUCUGGACUGUGACUGGGGGCAGGUGAUAUUUAUCGAUGCUGGUGAUGGGGCCCCGAUCUUCACAUUCCCGCCAGGCUCUGUCCCUGGGGAGAGAAUCCAACCCUGGUUCCAGGUGGGAUACCAAUCUCGGCUCUGCCUGUGUCCCUGAGACUGGGGACCCUGAAAUUAGCAUCUCUGGCCUCACACACCCCAGUCUUUCUGACUCUUGAGGACUCCCAUCUACCCAGCCCUGGCUUCUCAUCUCUGUGACCCCUGGAAGCUUCUCCCCCUCUCUGCAGUCCCAGGGAUGAGAGGGGGAGGGGGAAGAACCCCUGGGGCUGUAUGGGGGCAGAGGUGGGGGCUGGGCAGGGAGUAGCACUAACAGCCGGGCUGGGGACAGGCAGAGGUGGGGGUGGCAGGGACACAGCAUGAAUCAAUCAGGGUUUAGGGGGUUGUGGAGAAGCUGGCAGCUCUGCAGCAGCAGGGAGCAGUUUGUACAGAUUGAUGGGAAUAGCUCUCAUUGGGUCUCCGAGCCAGAGCUCCUGCCACAAGGGCCGCAAGUCACCUUCCCUUGUAACUACAGGAGAGCCAGUAACACUGUAAUUGUCACACACAUGUGGGAUGGGCAGGGAGCGUUCAAAAAUCAGAAGAUAAAACAGGAUACGUUAUGUAUUGUUUUGAGCCCUCAUGUUUUGGAGGGUCAAGUUCAUGAUUUCUGGUUCUGACUCAUGAUUUUUAAGUUCUGGGGUUGGCAACACUGUGAGAGUCAUGGGUUGCGGGGCGGGGGGGAAGGUUGGGCUGAACCAGAGGGAACAGAGAAAACAGGAGGAAAAGAUAAUGUAAAACAAAAUAAACAGAAUCCUGGAGAAAGGGUGAAAAUUAAAUAUAAAGACAAUGAAAGGAAAACAGGCAGAGAGGGAAAACAGCAAGAGGCAGUGAGAGGGGAAGAGAUAAAUUCAGGGGAAAGAAUGGAAACCAUGAGGGGGAUGAUCCAUGACAGGGAUCAAAGGAGAGUGGAAGACACAGAGAAAUAAACAGGGAUGGGAAAUGAGGGCUAUAAAAAUGGUGAGUACAAAUGACCAGUGUGACAGAGAAGGGAGAAGAAAAGGGACAGAGAUUUAUAAAACAUCACUGAAGGGGCGACUGUCACUCAUUAAUUUCAUAUGUUACUUCCUUGACUUUGUUGUCAUUUUAGUUUCAUUAAAAAUAACUGUUCCCAAAACCUGUGGGUCUGUUUUCCGUUGUUGUGAGUAUUAAAGCUGCUUCUCAGCUCCUUUGCACUCUGACGGGUCUUUACAGUAAAUAAAGCAUGAAAGACCA